CCGGUGUGCGCUCUCAAAACAAAUACGUGCUCGCUGGAACUUAUUGUUUAUCAGUGCGUUAAAAACACAUUUUAUCUUAGCGUUUCUUCAAAAUAAAUCCAAAUAGACUCUCACUAGUGCUGAUUGUGGCUAAUAAGAACCCUCGUUUAACCCGCGUCAGUUAUAUCUCGCCACAAUGGAAGUCGAGCCCAUCGCUUCCGAACUAGAAAACGUGGCGGCGAGUGAUACUGAUAACGCGAAGCCGGCGGACGAGGGCGCCGGAGACGCCGCAACGUCCCACUCUGAGCGUCUGAAACGCCGUCAUAGGAAUAAGAAGCUCGCAAGAACCAACAGCAAGGAGGGAGGCGUUAGCACGCCGACGCCGCUCCCUAGAUAUCGAAGCUGGAAAAAUAGCCGCCGACCGCGCAAUGGCCACGGGCGCGGGCUGCCUAAAAAAGGAGGCGCCGGCGGCAAGGGCGUAUGGGGAGCCCCGGGCUCAGAACUCCUGGAGGAGUACAUGGAGGACGAGAACGACCCCAACUACGACUCGGAGGCCGUAGCCAAUGGAGACAUCGAGUUCAAGCAGGUCAUCGUAGAAGCUGACCCUGAGGAGAUCAUUCGCAAGUCCGAGCCUGUGAUCCUCGAGUACUUCGAGCACGGCGACACCAACGCGGCCGCCGAGGACUUCCUCGAGUUCGUCACCGCCAAGCGGAGCCACCUGGUCUGCGAGACCAUCAUAGAGACUGCCUUAGAGCACAAGCCGAGCCACUGCGAGAUGGCUUCUGUGCUGGUGUCGGAUCUGUAUGGAAGGGUGUUCUCUGCCAGGGAUAUUGCCGUAGCGUUCGAGCACCUCCUUGAGAAACUCCCGGACUUGGUCCUUGACACGCCCGACGCGGCAGUUCUGCUAUCCAACUUCAUCGCGCGCUGCGUCGCCGACGACUGCCUGCCGCCGCGGUUCGUGUCGCAGCAGCGCGACACGCCGCUUAAUUCUGCCGCUAGGCAAGCCAUCCACCGAGCUGAAACGCUGCUCUCGAUGAAGCAGGGUCUCGUGCGACUGGAUAACAUUUGGGGCGUCGGUGGUGGCAUCAGGCCAGUGAAGUCCCUGAUCCGGCAGAUCCAGCUCCUCCUCAAGGAGUACCUGACCUGUGGGGACCUGGCCGAGGCCAUGCGCUGCGUGCGCGAGCUGGAGGUGCCGCACUUCCACCACGAGCUGGUCUACGAGACUAUCUUGCUCGCGUUGGAAACAGUCAACUCCUCGGUGGAGGAACAGCUCUGCACGUUCUUGGCUGAACUGAGGCGCUGCGUCAUCGUCACUCCCGACCAGAUGGACCGGGGCUUCCUCCGCGUGCUGGAGGACAUGUCGGACAUCGUGCUGGACGUGCCGCUGGCCUACAUAAUGCUGGACCGCUUCCUCGAGCGCUGCCAGCAGAAGUUCAAGCUGGGAGACGUGGUCAUCAAGCGUAUGCCGAGCAGAGGCCGCAAGCGCUACGUGUCGGAGGGCGACGGUGGCGCCAUCAAGGACCACGCGCUCAAACUGCGCGAGUAAACUGCGUUCCGCCGUCGCACACACACACACACACACACACACACACACACACACACACACACAUGCGUCAUACUGAAGAGAUGCUAAAAAAAUUGCCUGCCGUUCCGUGAAGUUGAGUACAGUCGCCAUCAGAUAUAUCGGAGCGGCCAAGGCGCUCACAAAUAUCUGAACACGCCUCUAUUGUCGAGGCGUUAGAGUGCGUGUUCAGAUGUUUAUGAGCACUUCGGCCGCUGCGAAAUAUUUGAUAGUGACUGUACAAUUAAGUCCGCUGCAAGUCCAUACAAACGGAGUUUAGUUCUCAUUUUAAAACUACUUGUUGGAUUGUAAUGAAAUUGCACAUCCAAUGACAUGAGGUAUAUUUAUGCCUGUCAAUCAAUCAAUCAAAUAUUUAUUGAUAAAAUAUAAGUAUUUUACAUGUCAACACUUUACAGCUAAUGGGAUUACACAUAUUAUUAUUUAUCUAAUUAAACAUUACUUAUCUAUUACUUAUCUAGGGUACAUCAUUAUCUUGAGCCAAACAUAAUUUUUAAUUUAUUUUAAUUCAAAUUAUACCGACUAUUUUUUAUUCUUGCAUUUCACAUAAUGUUGUUAUUUUAAAUCAAUAAAAAGACUAAUAUAAAUAGUAACUUAUUUUAUAACAUGCAAUAUAUAACUACUUUAUUAUUAGAUCUAGCAUAUAUAAAUAAAUAACAAUCUCACAAUUAAUAUUAUUUAAUGCUAUAUAAUAUACCUCCUAUUUUCUUGGAGCUUGGAGCCUGUAGUUCGUUUAUAUGGCUCUAGCUUAUAAAACGAAGGAAAUAGAGCAGAAACAAGUUCUGUAUGAAACAUUUAAAGUCGUUGUAUUUUUAUAACUAUAGUAUCUGAGGCUACAUAAACUUAUUCCAGGAUAUCCUUAUCGUAUUGUAAGUACAAAGUUUCAGAGCAAUCUAGCUAGCCGUUUUGAAAUGAGUGCGUAACUACGUUUGUAUGGAGAACCGAGCUUGCUGGGGUUUCAAGUAUGGGAAAAAAAAGAUAGCAUUCAAACCUAUAUGACCUAUACACAUACACAGUUCCUGUACGAAGCGAUGUGGCGAAAUCAAAUUUUGUAUCGCUUUUUAUAGACAUUUGCAUACUGUUAAAUAGUACACAAAUACAUAGCACCUAAAGGUUGGCAGAUGAGUCUUCAGAAAUGGAUAGAUACAGCCACUUUUUACGCACUCAACUUUAAAAUUAAACUGGCGACCAAGCUAACUCUGCACCGAGUUUGAUUGAAUCAAAGUGUGGACAUGCCAAUCUAAACGUAAUACAUAGGUCACUAGAUAAGUUUUGUAAUAGACAUGAAACAAGUGUAAGUAAAUUUUAAAAUAAAGUAAAUGAUUUCUGGCCAAUCAUUCUCUAUGGAAAUAAAGUUUUAAUAAGUAUAUGUGAUAGGCCACCUCUUUGUUUCAUAUUUUUCUAUUGCAAAACUUAUCUAGUGACCUAUGUAUUUACUAUGGAAGGUAGAGGCAUGGAACAAAAUCUGCUUAGGCAGAACUGUUGCAUAAGUGUCCAGCUGUCAGCUAUAAAUAAUAGUUCCAAAUCUCUCGAGUAGCGCUAGAGUAGCUAAGAACCUGGGCGUUAUUGACGGAGUGAAGUGCGCUGUCUAUGAUUUGAUAAUUUUUUCAAGUAUUCUAGGUAUUGUAGCGCCACCUAUUUAAGGUUUUUUGAUGUAAUUUUUUGGUACAUGGAAAUUUAAUUCGUUACCUCCACCUUCCAUAGUUCCAUGUUGUCCUUUCAAGUAAGGCUGACAUUGGCUGAUAUCGCCUAUAAUCUUGAAUUGGUGGCUUUUUUGUCUAUGACUAGAAAAACUAGAGAUUUCUGUAACACUUUAUCAGCUAACCAAGAAGUACAAUCCACACAACAAACAUGACAAGCAAUAUGGAUAGCGGUAAUUUAAUAAAAGCCUAACUGUAACGUCUAAAGACAAAAUAUAUAAUUACUAUUUGGUUGCGUAGUGAAUGUAAGAUAUUGUAUGGCUUUUUGUAAGUGGGCGUAUCAACUUUUUAUUGUCGUUUUGUUGUCCAGGGGAAGUAAAACUCGUAAGAUCGUAAUUUUAUGGUGUUUAAGUUAGUCAAACGUACAUAUUUGUGUUAGUUAUAAGCCAUUUCCAUAAUGGGCCAUCUAAGUAUGUUAGUCGAACUUGAUAUCAUUUCUUGAGACAUUUCUUUUAACCAACUGUGCCCCCAUGUCCCUUGGACAACGAAAUAACAACACGAAAACAAGUUGAUCCACCCAAGUAAAUUUAAAGUUUAAUAAAUUUAGUGGCAAUUAAAAUGCAGUAUAUUUUGAAGUAUUGAUAAUAAUCGUAAUAAAAUACGAUCACUAGGGUAUGGUGAUUUUCAGGGAAUGAAAUUUUGGACUGUACCGUCAUAUUUUUGACUCGGCCACCGCUUUUUUACUUCGUAAAAAUAAUUAUUGACAGAGAAAUUGUCAAAGUUAAAAAAGUAAUCCAGCUUAUGUGAAGGUUAGUGCUUGAAAUCGUAUGUUUCACGUUUAGUACAAAUCGUGUCUUUUUUUAUGCGUGCGACGGCGCGGUGUUGCCAGACUUGUAUUUUAAGAGUAGCGGGUUUUUUAAUUUGCAUUUUAUUGGGUUGCCAUAAUAACUAAAUCACAUAGAUUUAAAUCGAAAAAAAAACCUUUAAAAAUGUGAAGGUAUAUAAAGUUGUACCUCCAACCUUUGUAUUAUAAUUGUUUUUUUUUUAUAUAUAUUAUUUCUACUCAGAAACACGAGCCUUUUAAUUUUACUAAGAAAAUAAAUUUUCUUAGUAAAAAUUAUAAUUUUCUAGGUAAAAUGCUUAUGCUCGUAAAAAUGGUAAUUCGCUAGUAAUAAUGCUAAUGCUAGUAAAAUUGCUAAUUUGCUAGUAACAAUGCUAAUUGGCUAGUAAAAAUGCUAAUUUGCUAGAAAAUAAAUGUCUUGAUUUUUUUUGUCUGUUUGGUUACGUUUUCAAUACAACCUUCUAUGACCUCAGCAAAACGGAGACAUAAUAAUGUAUGACUUUGGAUUUGGACCCUUUUUCUCAUAUUAGGAUUGAAAGAAGUCUUAGUGAAAAUAUAGUAUAAUAAAUUCUAGUAAAAAAAAGUAAGUUGGAGCUACAACUUCAAAUAAAAAUGCCCAUUUAAAAACAUAUAGAUUUUUUUUUUUAAUAUCCAUCUAGUUAAAUGCAAAUUAAGAAACCAACUGCUUUCUUUGGAUAUUAAUUUUAUAAAAGAUAAUAUGUUCUAAGUUGUAUGUAAUCAAUUCUACGAUUUCACACGAGGCGCGUGGGGUAACAUGAAAAAUGUGUUGGACGUUCGCACCACCGUUCAAGUCUUUAAGUUGUUGAAAACCCAAAGUAAAGUGUUUGCUUAAAGUCGGCAUACCACGAGUGUGCGGCACAAGCAUAUUCAGUAAAAAAAAAAAAGAAAAAUGUAUGGAAAAUUUUGGACACUUUUUUUUCUAUAAGGAUUAAAAGGGCUCGCGAUCCUGACUAGAAAUAACAGAACAAUGGCAAAAAAGGUCACAUAAAAAGUGGCAAACAAAAAGAACCGCUCAGAUAAAUGGUGGUGUUUAAAAUCUUGCUGUCUAAUACCCAUUACAAAAGAGGGUAGUUUUUAUGUUACUUCACGCGUCCGUGUCACGCGUUGAUAUUUUUUAUAACGUCUAGAGACGUUUAGAAUAGGUGUUUUAAAUUUUUAUAAAGUCCAAACUGGGUGUGUUGUGGGGUACUUCACUCGCCUAUUUUUAAACGGAACAACUUAUGACUAACCAACAUUUUGAGUAUUACAAUUUAUUUAAAAGAAAUUGUAUGACGGUUUAUUAAAUCAGGUAUAUUUAUGGACUUGGUAAUGAUCCAAAAUUAAUAACACUAGGUUUUGCAAUCAUCAUAGGCAGUCACAUACUGAAGUAUAUGUCGUAGUUAAAAGAGAACAAUUGUAUUGAUCAAACGUUUUCAUUAGGGUAUCGGACUAAAACAAUAAUUAAGAAAUACGUGGAAUACAAUUUUACUCAAAAAAUAAAGUUUUACCUUUUGAACGCCAGCCGGCCAAGGAAUAUGUCCUGCCCCGGACGCCAGUCGAUCGCGAUUGUUUAAGCGAAAUUGAACUUUACGGAGUCCCGCGUAAGUCCCUAUUGCAUUAGCGAAGCUGUCGGCGACGUUGGCGUCCUUGGCAAUGCUUUCCGAUGGACGACUACAGCUGAAUGUGGCGAUCAAAAGGUUAACCACACAAAUUGAUAGCGUCUCUCAGAUUUUUACUACCAAAAUAAACAUGAAAUAUCCAAAAAAAUACAUUUUAAAAGCCUGUCCGAUACCCUAUUAAAAAUGAUAUAUUAUAUCAACAACUACUCAUAGCAUUGGUUUCGUUUUGACAUAUAUCUAAGAACGGGAUUUACAGGCAAUAAGAAUGGGGCCAGUACAACGGUGUCACGCACACGAAUUCGAGCCAAUCGUGCAGUCUAACGCCGCAACGCGAUUGGCUGAUGAGUUCGCAUCACGCGCGCGAUUGGUCGCAACUAGUGUUAGACUACACGAUUGGCUCGAAUACGCGAGUGACACCACUGAAUUAGCACCACUCUUAGCGCCAGUAAGGCCCGUCCUUAGAUAUACGCCAAUGCGUUAUGCCAUUUAAGAUCAUUUGGGGUAGGAGAAACAUAGUUUUUUUUGCUCGGGGCAAGAGGAUUCCCUACGUGUUUCUCUUACGUAAUAUAACAAUAAGUUAGUUUGCUCAGACCCCUGCAACACCCAGUUAUUUAGAGGCGAGAGAAAGCUUUGAUUCUUUCUGAUUAUUUUCAGGUCACACGACAAUUAAUUUUUUGUUACUUGUUUGACGAGACUAAUAAUUAGAGUCAUGAAAACUGCAAAUAUCUAUGCAAAUUUACGUUUGAAGUAUAGUAUGGUUUAUACUUAACACAUUCACUGCCAACGUUUUCGUAGCGCUACGCUCGUAACCGAUCCCAGCGUUUUCCCGCUUUGUAGAGGAAAGCGACUACGAACAGAGAACCCGCCGAGCGGGUUCCCGGCACUCAAUGUGUUAAUCGUGUAGCCCAUACAUUUUGUUUCCUAAAUACAUAUAGUUCGUGUCAUCCACGAUCACGCGCAGAUCUGUCAAAUCUAACUUUUAACCUCUUGAACGCCAGACAGCGAAGGAAUUUGCCGUGCCCCGGACGCAGGCGAACACGAUUAUUUAAACGAAAUUGAACUUUACGGAGUCGCGCGUUAGUCCCUAUUGCAUUGGCGAAACUGUCGGCUGUAGCCGUCGUUGGCGUCCUUGGCAAGUAUUUCAGAUGUCGGCCAUAGCCGACGGUGGCGGUCAAAAGGUUAAUAACAUGACAAUAUGAGUUAAGGCGCGCGUCUUCGUGAAUGACACGAUCUCACAGACAUGCCAUUAUUAAUAAAAAAUCUUAUAAAACGUCAGUUAGAGCAGUCUCAAAAGGGUUAUCUCAAGCAUUUUGAAUGUCCUUGUGGCAUUAUUAUCAUUCCAAAGCAUAUUAAAUUAACGUAGCUUUCAUGCCCGUAACUGCCGAAAAGUAUGUUAUUUUGGUAGAUUAUAAUUGUAAAGCGCUGGUGGCCUAGCGGUGAGAGCGUGCGACUUGCAAUCCGGAGGUCGCGGGUUCAAACCCCGGCUCGUACCUAUGAGUUUUUCGGAACUUACGUACGAAAUAUCAUUUGAUAUUUACCAGUCGCUUUUCGGUGAAGGAAAACAUCGUGAGGAAACCGGACUAAUCCCAACAAGGCCUAGUUUACCCUCUGGGUUGGAAGGUCAGAUGGCAGUCGCUUUCGUAAAAACUAGUGCCUACGACAAAUCUUGGGAUUAGGUGUCAAGCGGACCCCAGGCUCCCAUGAGCUGUGGCAAAAUGCCGGGACAACGCGAGGAAGAAGAGACUUUAUAAUUGUGAACUAACGAUAAGCACGUCUCACUGGCGCAAUGCCAUUGACCGCCGGCAUCGCAGGCGGGACAGCAAUAUAAUAUGCGUACAAAAGAGAAACAGGCGGGUCAAUGUACGAAAUUUGUCGUGCUAAGCGUCCUUACUUAGCAUAUUGAAAAAAAAAUGGAGUGUUGUGGAGGGGCAAGAGGCUCCCCAACAUAAAGGUUCAUAGACUGAUUGAAUGAGGUAAUCUACCAAACUGAUAUUUUUAGCCAUGAGACUGCUCAUAGGGAGCAUUCCACGGCUUGCCCCGUACAAACGCAUGUUAUUUCGUGUAUUACAACUUAGUUUCGUCGUUUAAAGCCGGUUAUUUUUCUGGCUAUAUAUUCUUACCAUUUGUCACAGAAAAAGAAACUCCUACACCUGUAAUUUUUUCAGGAAAAUCGCGUUUGAACGGGGCAGCGGUAGACAAUUUCAUGGAAUGCUCCCAUAGACUGCAUUUCGCCAUUUACCCACCACGUUUGCAUUUGGUCGUGUGGCCUGGCAGUCAUUUAGGUGCCUGGUCCUAUUGAGGAUGAAUUGUGAUUUAUUUUGACUGGAGAAUGUUUUGAGUCAGUGAUUGGCUAGUUUGUUGAUAAAUAAAAAUAAAUAGAGGAUAUUUCAUA